UUGCCAAGAACGGAUGUGCGCUUCGUCAUUUCGCUGUGCUUACUUAGAAUUUUUGGAAAGGAUGACUUGUUCGGUCACACGUUCACACGCAGACAGUUUGGUGGCGAUUGGUGUGGCAUGCACGGUCGCUGCUUAGCAUUUUUGUGCAAUUCCUGUGUGUCAAGCUUGCUAUUUUUGCGUUCGAAAUCGAUAAAAGUGGUGAAAGUGCGCGUAGCCCCAAAGUGCGAACAUAAAAAAGUGCAAUAUCUUUACUAGACCCCCCCCCCCCUUCCCUCUACACCCCCACUGAGAGUGUUGGUUGGAUCAGUGUCGGUUUGGUCGUUGGCGAGAAAGAGAUCCGCUAAGCAUAGAUGUACUGUUUUGAUGAGUUGUGUGCGAUACAAAUAUCACAUCACCGAAGUAGCAGCGUUUUCAUUGAGUAGAUGAACUCAGCCACUUCCACUGGGCCCAGAGUGUGAGAGAGAAACAAUAAGCAUCGCACACAAUCGAAGCAGCAGCAGGCGACGAACGGCAGUAGGCACCACCAACACACCUCUGCCGUGUUUGCCGUACAUUACAUUGUUGCCAUAUCGUUUGCGCGACAAGCGACCCGAAAUAUACAAAGAUUGACUGCUAGCCGCCGCGCCGUGCCGUGCCGUGCGCCUUGAGCGGGCGGUGUGUUGUGAGAAAAAUGUUCGCCAGACUAUCGCCACCAGUGCAGGCAGACAGAAACAGGGGUGGAACGGUGUUGGUGAGUUCGAAGUCGCAAAGGCUGUAGGAGAGCGAAGGCAGCAAAGAGACUAUAAUAGUGAGCGAGAUCGAGAUCUCGGACUUAACAUACUUUCUAAAUAUAAUUGACUCUCGACGUGGGAAUCGAACGGACGGAUUAUUUUUGCGUCCUCGAGGCGAGAAAAGAAGAAGUUUUUUCUUGCUGUGUAGUUGGCCCUUGAUUAGCACAGGGCUGUGCCAGGUGAAUCUGAAGUGAAGCGUGGUGAAUAAAGUAUCAGAUACGUAGUUGGAAUGUUGACCGAGUGCUGAAAGUGGUACUGUCGCUUACUUUGGAAUAGUUUUUCUCCUGAAAAGUGUCGGAAAAGGGAAAAUUCUUCAGGUUUUCUGCCCGCACCUGUGUCGAUGUGUGCGUGCGUGUGCCGAGGAAAAGUGCAUAAAGAUACGCGGUCCAAGACUAGCCGUUGGAUGUAUUGGGCUCUUGAUGGUACAAGUGUGUGCGUGUAGAUUUCGCAAAUGUCAAAUAUGACAACAGUGUUUCAGCUUGUUUUCUAUGUCCGCCAUUUUCUGCCGUCUCUAUUGGAUGGUGAAAAUUUGCUAUCAAGCAAGUGAAGUUUACUGUGGUGAAUAGGUGUCACCGGCGUGGGAGGCAGUCUGCUUCACGCGUGUGACGAAGAAUUGGAGCAAAUCGCAUUAGAGUGAAUUAUUUCUAAGCCGACUUGGGAAGUGAUUUUGCUACCGAAGAGGAAAGAGCCAAUGUAGGAAAGAAGCAGUGAAAAGAGUAUAUCGAAUACAGAGCUACAGCUGUGGUGGUAUAGGUGCGUUUCGUGUGCAGCACGGAAGCUUAUAGUUGUGCGCCAAAUGUAUCGAAAGCAGCAGAGUAGCGCAAUAUUACCCAUACAGUAGAUUUGCUUUUCGUACCCGAAGCAGCAGUGUAGAAAUUGUUUUUAUCUCUAGUGAAAAUGUUAAGAAUAACACAACCAUGACGCACCAGAAUCACCAAACUAACGGCGCAAGUUUGGAAGAUUGCCACACAAACUUUUUCGCCUUGAAUGAUCUGUGCGGUAUAAAAUGGCGUAAGUUGGCCCAGGGUGAACGGCCGCACGCGUCAAGUUACCCACUGGACGACCCGGUGCUCCGUUCCUACUCCAAAUGUCUCGAGGUGGACAUUCUGUGCGUGUGGCGCCGGGUAGCCGCCCCCAAACCGGCCGAGCAGGACCAGAACGUGUUCGAGAUGAGCAUACCGGGGCCGGUGACGGGUGGGUCGGUUAUCCAUCCGCCGCUUUCGCUGACCGCCGCCAAGGAGCUGUGGAUCUUCUGGUACGGCGAAGAACCGGACCUGACCGAUCUGGUCGAUCCGGAUCUGCUCAAGUCUUCCGAAGGCGACAAGGGCUCCUGGGAAGCUGGACUAUCGUACGAGUGUCGGUCGCUGUUGUUCAAGGCUCUGCAUAAUCUCAUAGAACGAUGUUUACUGUCGCGGGAUGUCGUACGUUUAGGCAGGUGGUUCGUGCAGCCUAGUUCCAACAGCGAGCGAGUGUUUGGCAAGAGCUCGCUCCAUCUCUCAUUUUCGUUCGCUUUCUUCGUUCAUGGCGAUAGUACGGUAUGUGCCUCGAUGGAUAUUCGGGAGCAUCCUCCGGUGCGACCGCUAAUGAUUAAACAUCUGGAAGAGGCUCAGGCUCAACAGGGCAGUAACAGCAAUAGCGAUGUGAAACCACGGUCUGUCAUUCUGGCACCGUUUGGUCUCGCCGCAACGCUAACCGGCCAAAGCUGCAAGACCAGCGAUCCGCAGACGCAGAAAGUCCUCGAUGACUGGAGCGCCUUCUAUCCGAUCUCGAACAAAAAUAUCAACUUCUCGGACAGUGCCGAUACGGUGCCACCCAUCGUAGAAAUUAUGACCGGCGGAAUAAAAAUGCGUUACCCGUCCAAGUACGUCCUUGUGACGGACAUCGACGAUUGGUCACCAUCCGCCCCGAACGGUUCCAUCCAGUCACCACCGAACUCCGUCAAAACCGCAUCUCAUGCAGCUCCCCUGGCUGCGACCGAUUCCAGUUCGCUGAUGAACAACAAUUCGCUCGGUAUGCUCAGUCCCAUGCACGCUGGCACCAGUAGCAACAAUACCAAUAACGGCAACGGCAGCUGCAUGAACAAUAAUCGAGACAACAGACCGCCCAUGAACCCACCGCUGACUGUGCCGGAAUCACCCUCCAACGAUCUCGGCAAUCCAAACAGUAUGUCCUCCGCCAUGAUCAACAAUUCGGCUGCCAUCCUGUUGCCGGAACGGGUUUGGCAGGAUUGUAUAAUGCACGCGACACCGGUUAUCCCUCCGCCCCAGCAAUCGCCCGGUUCGGCGAAUGGUGAGAGCGGUGGGAUCACUAUCAAAUCGGAACCAAAGGAUCCAUCCUCGGCAACCAAUAGUAACAAUAUCAAUGACAUCAGUUCAUCGUCGUCGUCGUCGGCUACGGUCGAUGGGAAUGCUAACUCUGUGUGGGAGAUUACUGAUCCCGCGCUGAAAGUGCCCUGUUCGUGUAUCAAGUGUACGAAACUUCCCAGUGGUGGACGAUCGCACGGUGGCGGUAUUGCUUCCCACGGGACUGCUGUGCACCGAAACCCCGGAUCUACUCCCGGUAGCGAUUGCAGUGUCGGGUCCAGUUUCUCUGGAAAAGCUCUUACCAGUAGUAGUCGCGCAGACAGAUUACCCCGACCCCAUCGAAUACCGUUCCAUCGGAGACCACCCCAGCAGCUCCUGUCCUGUUCCCUCGCUCUUUCCACGAACGUCGUGGUCACUGCGGACAGCCCCGCAUACUGCCUUGUUGAUUCCGAUAAAAGGUCAAACCAAAACUGCGGAGCCGGUGGAAGUACACCAUACGGAGGUCCACCGUCCUACUGUCGGAAUCCGCUCUCCAUAGGCGAUUCGCAUCCAUUACCGUCGGAAGGCUCACCCGCUAGUGCAGCUCCAUCCCCGAUGCAGCCGUCAUCUGUUUCCCAACCCACGUCGGUUGGACCAUCGGGCGAUCAGCUUAUAACCAUGUCACCACAUCCACCCGCCUCGAACAACCCGCGGAGUGUUCAACCCGGGACGCCGUGUUUAGAUCACCUGGAUAAGAACACUCCGGCACCAACGCCAACCGAUCAGCAUGAUAGUAAAAGUAUUACUGCUUCACCCUACAACACCCCGUCCCAUCCGGGUGGGGUUAUGAGCGUUGAAGCUCCGUCCUCGCAGCAGUCUCAGCAGCAACAACAGCAACAGCAGCAGCAGCAACAACAACAACAGCAACAACAGCAACAGCAGCAAUCAUCACAACAGCUCGUUAGUAACAAUCUGAGUAGUACCAGCAGUAGCAGUAGCGGCGGAACUACCAACAGCAGUCCCGGAAAUCUACCCAGCCAUGGAAUGAUGGGUAUGCGAAUAAAAUCCGAGGGAGCACUGGGGAUCAUGGGAGACGGUUUGAUGCUGGGGACCAGUCCUAGCAUAUACAGCAGUUUGAAUCCCAUCAUCACCCACAAUCAGAUUAACAAGAAGGAAGCGAUGCUGCAAAUUUUGCAAUCGCUGAAAAGGCCUUCCCUGUCAUCGCGAGAUUACGAAGGGAUGACGGGUGAGGAAAGUCCAAGUACGUCACACCUGCUGUACGAUUAUUCCGUGAUCGAUGCCUGGAUGAACCAUCCAGUGAAGCGAUAUCGGCCAAAUGAAGAUUCCAAGUUGGCUCAGCAAUUUCGAAACAUCGAUCUCUAUGCCGAUCAAAAGAAACAUUCGGAGAAGUAUCUGCAAUCACUUCAGAAUGCAGGAACGGAAGGUGGAAUAGGUUCCAUGGCGGGAGGUGGCGUCCGACAAGACCAACAGGAUCCAUUGGCACUGCCGGAAGAUGUGAAACCGGGACUGUUGAAUGAGAAUCAGAUUAAAACGGAAAUCGGUUGCGACCGGAGUGACGGCGAGAGUCAAAUGUUAGGGGCUCAUGAAAUAAAGAAGGAGAAAGAGGAUAAGGAUGAUAGCUUGUUUACGGAGCAGGGCCUACAACCAGCGCUGGACGAUUUGGAUCAAUUGUUUGAUGACAGUGCAAACUAUCAUGAUGAUUCAGAUAUUCACGCAAAUACAAGUCCUGCUUCCAAUAAGAGUGGCGGUGGUUGUAUGGAAGAUAUCAAAAGGUUUACGGGGCCGGGAAAUGCGGUGCAUACGGGAAUUUUAAGUCCAAAAGAAUUGUCGCAGAUGUUCCCUACCCCACCGAGUUUAGAACAUCACCCGAAUUCGAGCCCGGGAGGAGGAGGUUGUCUUUCCGACGGGAUCGUAAUAGACACUAUGGUGGAAGCGGCAGCUGUCCCCAUUCUUGGCAGUCCUCAAGAGGAGCAGAUUGAGGAUUGGUCUUACGUGUUUGUUCCCCCGCCCAUUUGUACAUAUGUUGGAUCCUCGAAAUAUGCCCCUCUCCAGCAGCUUCCAAGUCAACUGAUGCAACCCCAUGUCGAGCUUCCAAUGAACUGCUUCUACAAAUCGUCCUUGCAGUUGCGGAAGGAGAAACAGGAGCGCGAGAAGUUUCUGAAGUUAAGGGAACUCCAGGAGCAACAGGAAGCUCAACAGCAACUUCAAGCACAGCUGGAAAACAUCUCACCAAAUGCUUGCUCUAUUACCAACAGUAUGUUAAAGCAAGAACCAUCACUGGUCGUACCGCAACCACUAAGUACUCCAAAUUCGCUCAAUCUCAACGGAGCUAGCCAUCCGUACUCAAACCCAUCAUCGCAAUGCGGUCAGUCACAACCGCUAUCGAGACCACCAUCGGUUAAUUCGCUUCCCGGAGGGAUGAUGACUUCGGGCGGCAGUUUAAUGAGUCCCUCAGCGAUGAAUAACGGACCUUUGAGUAACAACAUGUUCCACCCUGGAAUGGGAAUAAAUGUUCCCCUACGACAAGGUAUGUCUCCGAUCUCUCCUGCUACUCCUGGUGGCGGCAGCGCUGCUGGUGGUAAUUCUAUGCGAGUGCCGACUCCACAAGGAUCCUGCCCUUUGCCGUAUCCAUCUCCGAUUGGAGCCAGUGGUGGAUCGCUGUCGAUCAUCCCGGGCAGUCCAAACCCAAUGAUGCAGAUGAAUUUCCGACGGACUCCGAUUCUGCCGCCACCACCCUACGACGUUGCUGUUGCAUCGCCUGCUACCUCCACUACCUCGUCCUACCACAACAAACAGUUCGGUAUGGAAGAUGGCCCUCAAACACCAUUCGCCGCUGGUGGAACCAACGCAUCACUGCAAAGGAUAGCGAUCGAAACCAAUGCUUUACUGGUUAAUGUUUUGCUGUAUGACACUUCGCUGAACAUCUUUCGUGAUCACAAUUUCAACAGCUGUACUCUGUGCGUGUGUAACGCUGGUCCAAAAUGUGUUGGAAAUAUUCGCGGGGCUGAUUCUGGCCCAUACUUACCAUUGCCGGGAACGAGCUUCAUCGGAGGUGGAAAGAACGGACUAGCCAGUGGUGGCAGUAGCGAACGGGAAGCCAAAUCUACACCUUCUUCCGUGUCGCAGUUCAAUGGGAACAAUCAUAACAAUAACGGUGCCUUUGGAAUGUUGGAUUCGCCAGCUAAUAACGGUGCUAACUCCGGAAUGGUGUCCAUCAAUACAAACAGUCUACAGAAUGGAUACAUGGAUGAGGAUCCGAUAAAGUGUACGUGCGGUUUCAGUGCUUUGGUGAACAGAAGAUUGGCCCACCGGGCCGGAUUGUUCUACGAGGAUGAGUUGGAGAUCACCGGUAUGGCAGAAGACCCGGCUACGAAAAAGAAAAAAUCACUGCUUGAGUACCUGCUUGGCAAGGGUGACUACAGCAGUGGAGUCAACUGUGAUAUCUCGCCGCUACCGCUCAGGAUCAUGGAUCUACUGCGAGAGCACUGUGCGGUCAUUCAGAGUUCGAGUAAUUCUAUUCACCGGGCGGUCGCCCGAUUCCGAAGUGCAAUCACCGUGAAGAGUUUCACCAAUGCAUCCGUGCAUAUGUUGGAAUAUAGCGAUGCCAAUGAGGUCAUUAGUUUAGCGUUAGAACAAAGCCGGUUGCAGGCGAUCAAUGAAAACAAAUACGAUGAUACGGCGUUGAUGAAAUCUGGAUUACUCCGGGGUGUUAUGAACGUUCACAAAUGGCCGUAUCUGCGGGCUAGCGGUCCCAAAAGCAAUCAGGAUAUUGUGCGAAUAAUGAAAUCGAUGCAACCGCUCCUCCAGGAUGCCUUCCACAAAAAGUGUACCACCAGGUUGUGGGAUGCUCCUUACACGAUACAAGGACCGCUCACCUGGCGGCAGUUCCACAGACUCGCCGGACGAGGUACAGGCCAGUGUGAACCCCAACCGGUCCCAUCGUUGGUCGUUGGCUACGAAAAGGACUGGCUGUCGCUUUCCCCAUACGCAAUACAGUAUUGGGAUAAAUUGCUUCUCGAACCGUACUCCUAUCCUCGGGACAUCGCUUAUGUUGUGGUGCUUCCGGAUAAUGAUCUGAUAGUUUCCAAAGUAAAAACCUACUUCAAAGAGCUGAGCACAACGUACGAAAUGUGCAAGUUAGGCCGACAUAAUCCUAUCAAGGGUUGGGACGGAAUACUCCGGGUUGGUUCAAAUCGAGUGCUCAAAGAAACGCAAAAUUCCAGCAUGGACGAAUGGUUCACCAGUCUGGGUGAUAAUACGAGGUUAAGUGAACUACUAAAAUUGUAUGCGCAGACCUGCCAGCAACAGUUGGCCCCGUACCUGUCAAAAGUACCCUCGGACAAGAGUCUGCUGGAUCCGCCGGAAAAUCACAACGUCUCCGCUUCCUCCCAUGCGGCUGCAUUAGCUUUAGCCCAAGCUAGUUCCACCCCCAAUCGGGAUGCUCCAAACCAAAGCCCGAUGCCUCCACCGCCACCAAGUACUCCGGAUCCAACACAACCCGGUGAUAAGGCACCCAGCACACCAAAGUCUGACAACGACACUGAAAGUCGCGAUAAUCUAAACACGUCCUCAUCAAGUCCAGCCGAUCGGAUGCAACACGACGAUGAUGGCAAAGAACCGCCACAUAUCGUGCUGUAUAUGGUAGAGCCAUUUACCUGCGGGACGGAUUCGACAGAAAUCGAGCGACUAGCUUGUCUUUCGCUGCUGCGCUGCUAUUCCAACAUAUUGAACACAGUUCCGGAUUCGAUCCGAGCCAAUAUUAGUGUGCAGCUAAUUUCUCUGGAAAGUAUUCUUGAGCUGGGACGCAGUCGCAACCGACUGAGGCUAAGCGAUCACAUGCGCUGUCAGGCGUUGAGCAUUUUCUCCCAGAGUCGACGCUUCAUGCAGCACUUGAACAAUGUCAAAAGUUUGACCGGGUUCGGAACGGCCGCAAACGCCGAACAGUUCAUGAAGAACAAGGACGAAAAGAACCGAGCACCAUACAAGCUUUACACCCCUCCGUACGUGUUGGCUAAAUUGUGUGAAAAGAAGGAAAAUUCGGAAUCGUUCGGUCAAACGAGCAUCAAGCAGCAAUGUUCGAUCAUGUACUGCAGCUACUGUUUGAGUGAAGAUCAGACCUGGCUGCUGGCAGUGGCGACGGACGAUCGGGGGGAGUUUCUGGAAACUGUGACCAUCAAUAUCGACAUUCCGAACCGGGUACGGCGGAAACGAGCCUCUGCCCGAAGGAUGGGUCUCCAGAAGCUGAUGGAUUUCAUCCUAGGUCUAAUAUCGCAGACAGUUCAACCAUGGCGAAUCGUUAUCGGGCGCAUCGGUCGGAUAGGGCACGGUGAGCUGAAAGGAUGGAGUUGGCUGCUGAGCAAGCAAAAUCUACAGAAAGCUUCCAAACAUCUGAAGGACAUUUGCGAGCAGUGCUCGCUAAUGCAUCCAGUGUCGGUACCAAGUAUACUGAGUGCCUGUUUGGUAACGCUGGAACCCGAUUCGGAGCUUAGAGUUAUGCCGGAUCAAUUCACACCGGACGAACGGUUCAGCCAAUUGUCGAUGCAGUCACCGCUCACCACUCCGCAGGAUGUGACGUGCACGCAUAUCCUGGUGUUCCCGACCAGUGCGAGAACACAGUCGGCCCAAUCGGCUUUCGUGGCCGAACACAUCAACGAUGAGUUGGAGCUGACGCUCGGCGACGGUAACCUCGAUGAUUUGGGGCUUGGCGAAGACUGCGACGAGGACGGUAUCAAUGGUCUUGGAGAUCUAUUUGAUAACUGGGGUAAUUAUGAUGAUUUGCCAAUGCCACAGCAAAUGCAACAGGAUUCGCGGCAGGGAAGCCCGAUACAGUUUGAAGGUCAGCGUCAGAGUCCUGGUGACAGUGGCUCGAAUUGUGCGCAGAACCUCAACGGCUACACGACACAGGAGGCCGAGGACGUCGGUUCCCUCGCCCAGCAACCAAUGGCCAUCGGCUAUCUGGUAUCGACCGCACCGACCGGACGUAUGCCGUCCUGGUUCUGGUCCUCCUGCCCACAUCUGGAGAACGUCUGUCCGGUGUUCCUCCGGAUAGCACUUCACCUCAACAGCUUCCAGAUCCUGCAGAACAAUGACGAUCCGAUGGCGCAGUCCCAGUCUACCACCGAGCACCCGCUGGACUCGAACAUGACGGCCGACGUGCUGCGCUUCGUACUGGAAGGUUACAACGUACUGUCUUGGCUCGCCAUGGACUCCAACACCCACGAUCGGUUGUCCUGUUUGCCCAUCCACGUGCAGGUGCUGAUGCAGCUGUACCACAUGACCGCUGCGCUGUCUUAAGGCGAAUUGGCAAACGACCCGAAAUCGAUACUACGGAAAGAUGGUUCUCUUUCUUUUCCCGCCUGUCUGUGAUAUUAGGGGUAUAGGAAAUUGAUGAAACGGUUCACUAAGCCUAGUGAGAGAUUGGUUCAUAGUAAAUGCAUCAAGGAUCAAAGAGUUCUCCUGGACGUUGGUUAGCCAGGUUCGAUAUUACUGAAACACUCACGCGUAGUUUUAUUUUAGAUCAAGAAAGAUGUAUUUAUGAUGAUGCUGAAGGAUCAAAAUUUAGUAAGAAAUGUAAAUUAUUUGUAAUGUAAAAUGUAAAACUAUACAAGAACAGCCAAGAUCUGGUUUUAAAGUUAAGACAAUUAAUUUAUUGCAUGCGUUUGCACAUCAACCAUUGGACUCUCGACACUGACUGUAAGUAUUUCUGUUCUGAUCAAUUGCAGUAGGGAAAGGCAAUAGCUUUUAAACCUAGCUAAAUUAUUAGGAUUGUCCUCAAACAGUAUUUUUAUUUUCAUUCAUCCGCUUUCAACGGAGACACAGCUUGUUUGCGUUAGGCAGAAAUUUUUUACCGAAAGUAACAAAAGGAGAUUAAUACAAAUCAUAGCCAAUGUUACAAUUUAUUGUAAAGUAAAAUAUUUGUAAAUAGAACAGCGAGAUGUCAAUUGAGCAGUGAGAAGAAGCGGAACAUAUAGUGGAAACAAUUUAGAAAAUCGUGUACAUUUUUAUUUAGCUAAUAAACUGAAAAUAG